AUGGCCCCCGCCCAAGAUCCCCUGGCGCUUCCGGAGCCCUUUGCCUCCAUCUCCCGAACAUCCCUCCUGCUGGGCCCCUCGCCCAUCCAUGUGCUCCCCCGCAUCAGCGCCGAUCUCGCCCGUAACAGCCCCCACCCACCCGUCACCAUCUACGCCAAACGCGAUGACCUGAACUCCGCCUAUGCGUACGGCGGGAACAAGACCCGGAAACUCGAGUACUUGCUGGCUGAUGCCCAAGCCCAGGGCUGUGACACCCUGGUCUCUAUUGGUGGCGUCCAGAGUAACCAUACUCGCCAGGUGGCCGCCGUGGCAGCCCGCACCGGCCUCAAAGCCCGUCUGGUCCAAGAGCACUGGGUCGAUUGGGUCGACCAGGGAUAUGACUCGGUGGGCAAUAUUCAAUUGUCCCGGUUGAUGGGCGCCGAUGUCCGGCUGGAUCCCUCAGGCUUCGGCAUCGAACAUAAGACCACCGUCCAGGCCGUCGUGGAUGAGUGCAAGGCCAAGGGCGACAAGCCGUACUACAUCCCCGCCGGUGCAUCUGACCAUCCACUGGGUGGUUUGGGAUUUGCCCGCUGGGCCUUUGAAGUGCGUGCACAAGAGCAGGAGCAGAACGUCUUCUUCGACACUGUGAUCGUCUGCGCCGUCACUGGCUCCACCUUUGCCGGAAUGAUCGCCGGCUUCAAGCUUUUAGAAAAGUUGUACCCCGCCGAUCCCAAACGGAAGGUGAUCGGAAUCGAUGCUUCAGCCACUGUGGAUGCGACGCGCGCCCAGGUUCUGCGCAUUGCCCGGAACACCGCGUCCAAGAUCGGCCUGAACGAGAACGACAUCACCGAGGCGGAUGUGAUCCUCGACGACCGAUAUCACGCGGGGAUCUACGGGAUUCCGGACAAGCAGACAUGGGAGGCGAUUGAGUAUGCGGCCAAAAUGGAGGCCUUCAUCACUGACCCGGUCUAUGAAGGCAAGAGCUUUGCUGGCAUGGUGGACCUUAUUCGUCGGGGCGAGAUCCAGGGUGGCAAUGUGUUGUAUGCGCACUUAGGUGGGCAGCUGGCUCUGAAUGCCUACUCGGACCUAGGGAAGACCAAGGAAUAA